UUGCGAUAGUUACUUCCGACCGAAAGACAAAUCGCGGAUAUCUCCGAUCGGAGAGGGAAGCUUACUGGCGGUAUGAAUGGCUACUUCUGGCAGAUUGGAGCUUAACGGCGUCGCGCGCGAUCUCGAUGUCACCAAACGGACUGUGGAGAAUGCGGAGAGUCGUGCGCGUCUUCAGAUAAGGCCAAGCGUUUCGAGGCUGUCGCGUGAAAAUAACCGGCAAUAUGCGCAAGCUCUACAUCGUCAAGCGGACGAUUUGUACCAACGUGGUGAAUAUGAGUCAGCAUUGGUGCUAUAUCAUCGAGCGGCUAUUGUAUGCCCGCACGACAGCAGUCACAGUGUGGCAGCACGACGUACCGCGGCCACGAUAAACUCAUGGAACCAUCCGGAGAAGAGCUUGGCGAGGCUUUCGCCGAGUACGAAGUAUGAUGCAAUCUCAAAGGUAACUUCAGUUCCCGAGAGUUCGGCGUUCAAAACACGCGAUGUUUCAAAAUAUCUCGACAUCCGCAAGAAGAUCUCCCAGAAAACUUCCCCCGCACUAGGUUCAUUGAGCUCCCAAUUGACUCGAUCCAGAACGAUAUUGAAGCACAUAAAUAAUCGUGCCAACGCCAUGUUAAAGAAUUUGAAAGCUAAUUUUAACGCUGGCAAAAUGAAGGCCUCGUUGAGAUUCGCUGAGGAUUUACUGACGUUAUCGUCCGGUUUGGAAGAUCCUCAUCGAUACACGAUACCAGCGUAUCGAUAUUUAUCUCUGAUCCACAUCGCCUUGGGAAGGCAUGAUCGAGCUUGCAGUAACGUCGCCAUGAUGGUGCGCUUGGCGAAGAGAACCAAGGACGUCGUUCUCCUAUCGAAAGCUCUCGUGACUCUCGGCAAAGUACAUCUCAGUUUCGGUCAUCUGGAGGUCGCCGCUCGUGCUUGGGAAAAUUUGUCGAUCCAUGUCGAUCAUCCGGUGCCGCGAGCCUGGUUGCAUCACGAGAUCGGACGCUGCCAUUUGGAGAUGGGGAAGUACGUCGAGGCGUUGCGCAAGGCGUCACAGUGCCGGGAGUGUGCGGAAGAGGCGAGUUCGAACAAGUGGACCUUCCAUGCGGGUUUACUGCGGGCGCAGUGCCUGGCGACGCUGGGUCGUUUCGCUGGUGAUGACUCCAUUUCUCAAACUAUCGCCCCGAAGGCGCUCGAAGAGCUGCGAGUCGCCGCAAAGAUUAGCGAGGAGGAGGGUGAUACCCCGAUGCUGUCUUACAUCCGAGAUCUAAUCAAACAGCUGAAUCGCGCUCUGCGCGAAGUCACGUUCGACGAGGAUCAAUGCUUAAAGGAUGCUCUUCGAAGGUUAUCGCCACGGAGCGAAGAGACUGGACUAUUCGAGGGAAACGAAGCGAUAACAACUUUGGGAAUUAGGAGAAUGUCGACUAGCAAGGUGGACGACGCUUUAACGCCGUCGUUUUAUUCCGACUGCCUGGAGGACGAGUUUCUCGAUCCGCAUAAAAUAGAUAACGAGUCAAGUUCGUUGGACAGUGCGAGAUCUUUCAGAAGUAAAAGGACUAAUCUAACAUACGUAAUCGAGUCUCGUACAGAUGUUUCAAGUCGAGGCAAGCUCGACGACGAACUGGCGGAAUUUUUAUCACGGGGAUCAGAUACGACCUUCAGAACGUGUUAUAUAGAAUCCAAGCAUUUCAUCGACGAAGAGAAAACAUCGGCCUCUUUAAAACAACCAAUUGAAGAGUGUUCUAGUAACGUCGAGACAAAUGGCGGACGAGUUGAAUGCAAGACAAUCAGGAUCACGAAAUCCUGCGAGAAUGGAGGGUGUACCUUUGACUUUGACAAGACAAGUCAAGACGUUCGAAUCUCGCACGGAUCUCGUAGAACGCGAAAACUGGACAACGAAAAAGAAUCUGUCGUCCGCGAGGCAUUUUUCGAUUCAGUAUCCGUUCAAAGCUAA